AUGUCCAACGAUAAGAUUGGUCAACCGGCUACUGACCUGGAUGAUGAACCAUACGAUUCUGCCGAUGAUGAAGAUUUCCAGUUGGAUGAUGUACAAGACGAUUCAGAGCUCUCCGCCGACGAAACCGAGCCUGCGAAGAAGAAGAGGAAGACCGACACAAAGGAAGAAGUCGCAGCUGAAGGGCUAGACUCUGGCGAUGAAGUCACUAUACGAAAGGCACGGGAUAAAAAGAAUAAACGGAAGGGAAAGAAGGCUAAGGGAAAGAACGCACUCGGCGAUGAUGAUCUUGAUUUCGAUGACGAUGAAGAAGGAACCGGUGGGUUUGUGCGGACGCGCGCCAUGAGAUUGCAAAUCCAGGAAGACAAUCGCAAACCGCUGGCCAAACUCGAUGGUGCGACUGUGGAUGUAGACGCUCUUUGGGAGCAGAUGAAUGCCACCGGCAAUGAAUUGGGUUUGCUACCCAAUCAAAUUGCAAAAAAGGAGACGGCCCCAGAACCCGAUCGCUCAGCUGAAGAUGCAACCUCGAAGGACAAUAUCCCAGACUCAGAGGCCAAGUUGCCCGAUACCAAGGACGCCCAGCAAAUGAUAAAGAUCAAACGAACCUACAAGUUUGCUGGUGAGAUGAUCACCGAGGAAAAGAUGGUUGCAAGGGAUUCAGCAGAGGCAAAGGCGUUCUUAUCUAGCGAAGACAAUGUCGAUGGCUUGGGAGAUGUCGCCGCAGAUGCUCGCCCCAUUUUGCGCCGGCCACUGCGCAAGAUAUCGCGGUUUGAUCCAAAUCCGACUGGCACAAUUCAAAAGAGCUGGGAGAAGCAAGUGGUCGAAGAAAAUCCCAGUGGUCCCAAGAUCAACACCGUGGAGAAGUCUCGGCUUGACUGGGCGCAGUAUGUUGACAAAGCUGGAAUAAAAGACGAACUACGCGUGCACAGCAGGGCUAAAGAAGGCUAUAUGGGCCGUAUGGACUUUUUGGGCCGUGUGGAAGCCAAGAAGGACGACGAGGCACGACAAGCUCGGCUCAAGGGCCCGUGA